AGAUAAUGCGACGAAUACGGCUUCCGUAGCCGUAAUUAACGUUCCCAUCGAUUAUUCGCGACGGCUUGAAGCCGUUUUAAUCAAGACGCUACUGUGUUGCAGAUAUAGCGGCCGGCUCAAAAAUUACUUGAUGCGCUGAGGAUGCGCCGUGAUUUCUGCAACGGUGGGCUUGCCUGCGCCGUUGUGUGGGUGUCGUCGACCUGCCUGCUGCUCGUUCUCUCCUUGUCGUCAUCAAUCACCGCAGAGCCAUCGCUGAAGGCCGUCGGUCGAUGUCCGUCCCUCGACGAACAGAACGUGUGUCCAUCGCGGGCGCCGGCCUGCGAGAAUGAUUCUCAGUGCCAGAGGAACACGCCGGAGGAACGCUGCUGCAGGACCGCGUGCGGCUUCCGAUGUGUUGCGGGCCAACUGACCGGAUGCGAGCAAUUAGCACUGGCGGCCGUGAGGCGAUCGCGGGCUCUCGGUACCGAGGGCCCGUCGCAAUUCGUGCCGCGAUGCGACAAUAAGACUGGCGAAUUCGAAAAGAUACAGUGUGAUCCGCAAGGACGCGACUGCUGGUGCGUCGACGCGAUCGGCACCGAAAUUCCCGGUACCAGAGCGCCCAACAAGGAUGACAUCGACUGUUACAAGCCCCGCGUCUGUCCCGCUCACAGCUGUCGUAUGUUCUGCCCCUUGGGAUUCGAGAUCAACGAGAGUACUGGCUGUCCCAAGUGCGAGUGCCGGGAUCCUUGUCGCGGUGUCACUUGUCCGGGAAGUGGACAGACAUGCGAGCUGAUCGAGAUGAGUUGCGCACGCCCGCCAUGUCCUCCGCUACCAAGCUGUCGGAAGGCCAAGUCUCUGUUGACGAUCUGUCCGACGGGAGAACCUUUACAAAUCACCGAUUCACCACGGCCGUUCCUCUGUGGCGACACGCCGGGCAAGCCGACCUGUCCGCCGAUGUAUAGUUGCCUGGUAGAGUCUGGACAAGAGUACGGGGUCUGUUGUCCAUCCAGCGUAAAUUUGCAGCGAGCCGGCUCGUGUCCCGUGGAGGAGCCCGCGAACUCAGCCUGCGCACCCAGCUGCCGCUACGAUCUCGAGUGUCCUGGACCCCAAAAGUGUUGCAGCAGCGAGCGUUGCGGCGGUAACGUGUGUGCGAUACCCCGAGGCCUCAGUGUGUGCCAUCGUGACCGCAUGCUCGCCGAGAUGCUCAGCAUCUCCGAGCGCCAGGGUCGCGGUUACGUUCCGCAGUGUACGGAAGACGGAGAUUUCGAGACGAGACAGUGUUCGAGGAACGGUCUUGUUUGCUGGUGCGUGGACGACGAGGGUAGAAAGAUAUCCGGUUCCAUGGGUCCCUCCGAGAAGAUUGACUGUAGAUCGAUAAGUAAGGCGCGCUCGCUUCCGGCGUCUUGCACCCCUCAGCAGUGCGCCCAGGUUUGCCAGUACGGCUUCAAAACGGAUGCCUUCGGUUGCCCAACUUGCGAAUGCGACGAUCCGUGCGAAGGAUUUCCUUGCCCCGAAGGACAAGAAUGUACUCUAAAGCGGGAGGACGGCUGCCCAGAUUUUCUCUGUCCAACGAAGCCGGAAUGUAAACCCAGGAAGACUUUUAAAAGUCCUUGCCUUUUUGGUACGCCGCUGAUUGAUCAGGAUGGAAAUGCCGCGACUUGCUCCGCUAACGAAACUUGUCCCGACAAUUACAAGUGCACGGUGGUAUCAGAAGCCGGUCAAUCGGUGUGCUGUGUGGAAACACCAAGCCUUGCAAAGGCACCCACAAUGUGCGAGUAUCUGCGAGAUUUUAACGAUCGCAUGGAAGGUACGAGGGAGGGAAUGUCUCUGGCGAUCCCGGCGCCUCAAUGCGAGCAAAAUGGCAGCUUCAAGUCUCUACAGUGUCACAACAGUACAGAUUGUAACUGUGUGAACCAUCGCGGAGUGAUCCUGAAGACCGGAGUAGGUCCUGCCGCCUCAGCCGAUUGUAACGCCAUCAAAGAGUUCACGCGAAUCUGCAAGCAUCUCUAUUGCAACCUGAUCUGUCCGUACGGCUAUGAAGUGGACGAAGCCGGUUGCGAGCAAUGUCGUUGUCACGAACCUUGCCGCGAUGUCGUUUGCAACUCGCAAGAGACCUGCACUAUGAUAGACGUGAAUUGCGGUCCGGAUCAGUAUUGUCCGGCGGUACCGGCUUGCUUGACGACAAAGCCCGGCCAGUGCCCGUACCUUGCCUGCCCGUCCGGUGACAAAUGUUGCUCGACUGGCUGCGGCACGCAAUGCGUAGCCCCCGUCAUGGCCACGGCCUGCCAGCAUGCCCGUGCGGUUGCUGAACACGCCGCCAGAGAAUCGGGCGAGCCCGCUAGAAGAAUCUAUAUACCUAGAUGCGAUGCCAACGGCGCCUUCGAGCCGGUUCAGUGUCACAAUGGCGUGUGCUGGUGCGUGGACGAAGAAGGCAAGGAAGCAGCGGGCACCCGAGUUGUCGAAGGAAUCGUGCCACGUUGUAAUACGCCUUUCAGAUGUCCGGAGAUUGACUGCAAGCUCGAUUGCCCGGACGGUUUCGAACUUGACGCGGAUACCGGCUGUCCAACGUGCUUGUGCCGCGAUCCGUGCCGCAGCGUCGUAUGCCGCGGCGAAAACGAAGCGUGCAGAAUGGUUGAGGUGGCGUGUAGCGCGCCGCCGUGUCCUCCCGUACCCGUUUGUCUGCCGAAGAAGGACAAUCCGUGUCCGAACGGCUCACCGUUAGUUGAGCAGAACGGCUCGGUUGCCACCUGCGGCCCUCACGGCCACCAUUGUCCUUCGACGCACAAGUGCGAGCUGUCGCCGCUGGACGAGUACGCGGUAUGUUGUCCGAAACCGCGUGAUGUAUGCUUCGAGCCACCGAGACGAGUACCGUGCAAUCCGGGUGCGGGUUUCAAUGAGACCGAGAGGUGGUUCUUUGAUCCGGAACGCAACGAGUGCCGACAAAAGCACGAAUGCACCCUUGGCCACAACGAUUUCUCCAGCCGGCUGGUAUGCGACACCGUGUGCCCCGUGUUAUCGCAAUGCGAGAGGCUGCGCGAAAAGAAUCUCAAGAAAUCACAGAGGCUUAAGCAAUCCACGUUCCUACCCAAGUGCAAUCCCGACAGUGGGACGUGGGAACCGGUGCAAUGUCUGGAGCACGUCGGUGUCUGCUGGUGCGUCAAUCGCAAGGGCCAGCCGAUUAAGGGUUCGCUCAUCAGGGGCGCCGAGCCAAAAUGUAAUUUCCGGCAAGCUAGACGAGGCGGCAGGGGACCACAAGAAAUAGAUCGUGAGAUUGAAGCGAUCAUGGAUAACGCUUUGUUGGACUUGGAAAUGGACGAGCGGCGAGCGGGGAAGAUUCUCGGGACGAGGUGUCAGGCGAUGAAAGACAAAGGCCAUGUGCCGACAAUAUGCGAUCCGCAGGGUAGAUUCGAGCCUACACAGUGUGCCGGCGAUACUUGCUGGUGUGUCGACGAAGCCGGUAAUCAAUUGAUCGGCUCCGAGCCGUUUUUGAAGGGAACGAGCAUUUGCCUGCCCACACCGGUCGAAGCCGUCGAGGUGACAUUACGUUUCCCUGGUCGAUUCCUCGCCGCAGAUGAGGCACGAUUCACCGAAAAGGCCGAAGAUCUUCUACAUGAGCUCGGCGCGAUGCUCCGGAAAGGCGUACGAGUGGAAAUUAAUCAAGAUUCAGCGAUCUUAAGCUUCGAGAUUGUCGGCGCGAAUAAAGUAGACGUGGCGUUCCAUCUGGAGGAACUCACGCGAAUCCAGCAGCUAUCUAUGCUGGGUUCAUCCGCAGACGCGACGACCUCGCGCUUCACGCAUCGCUCCACUUCCGUGGCAAUGCAGAGUCGGAUCGUUGCAUUGGAGCAGCGCGAGAUUCUGACACAAGUGGAAACACCGGUCUAUCAAACGGCCACGCUCGUGCUCGCGGCAGGAAGCGCCUUCAUUAUUAGCAGCCUCGUCAUUCUGCUGAUGCUAUAUCGUAAAAAGAUGAAAAUGAAGGAUCCCACGAAGAUGCUCCCCGUGGACCAACACUUUCUCGCUUACAGCCAGCAACCGGUCUACGUGAUAUCGGGAACGGAACAAGAUGAGAAGGAGAAGGAAGCUACGGCACAACAGAUACUGAAGGAUAUUGAUACAUCGGAUACCAUUGUUGAAGCAUAAAGCGAUUUGAUGCUCUUUUCAUGUCGAUCGUUUUCACCUUGUACGAUAGUGAUUCCUUAGUUUCUGUCUCCGGAAGGUUCUAAAAAAAAAUUAUAGGAAAUAUAAUGUAAUAUACAUGGGUGCAGGGUUAUCAAUCUCUAAAUCCUUCGAAGCACGCGCGUUAAUUUGACUUUGUCAAGUAGUUGCGCGAUAAUCGUGAUUUAUUUUUAAUCAACCAGUUAAUCAACCCCAUUGAGCCUCUCUGUCUCUGUCACAAUCUUUUUAUAUAAUCGAAUGAAAAAAUAAAUUAUGCAAUCAUA